AUGCGGAAUAGCCGGGGAGGCGGCUGGGGGCUUUCCUAUCAGUCGGCAGCGCCAACGGACGUGGUCUUUCUCAGCCUACGCGAUGUCCACUUCCGAGUAUCGUCAGCAGUCCUGGGAUUGUUCCCGGACUCGGUCCUGAUGACAAUGUUUCCGACCGGCCUCGUCCCGCUAUUCUCCGUCGUCACCGGUCGGGAUGCAUCGACGACCGUAGGUGGACUUCGCUUGUCGGCCAGGGCAGCGGCUCAAAGCGCAGUGACGCAGGCUUUGGAGGCGAGGCGCGUCAGUGAUAGUGAACAGUCACGCCAGCCAGUUAGUGCAACGGGCGGAGAUACUACUGGCGCUGCAGGGACAACACCGACGAAUGGGGAUAAUAUUUCGAACGGCGCAACAGCAUCCGAACAAAAACAAAACAAACGUGCAUCCUUCGCUGGUGGUGGUCAAUCUCUGAGUAAAGCCGCUGCGCUCCAAUGGCACAAGUACUACAACUCCGAAUCGGGUGCCCAACCGAACCCUGACGCCGAGGAUGACAUGGAGUCGUUAUCCGACACAGAUUCCGAAGAUGGGGUCGAGGGAAGUGCAGAGGAGGGCACCGAUUCAUCAGCACCAGCCGUCUUUCGCCCAGCCGAAGACAGCAUGCGCAUGGAUCUUAGUCACAUCGAAGGUCAUAAGAUGUGCGUUCUCGAUUUCGAUCCCCGCCUCUUCCAAUUCCUACUCGAUUAUUUCCGAGAAGUGCUCAAUAGAAACCACGAUGCCAUGGUCUCUGCGCAAGAAGAAAAGGAGCGUCAGAUUCAAGAAGCCAACCGGGCCGCAGAGAAAGGAGAGGCAGAAGCAGCUGCUGGUAGCGAUUGCAUUCCCGCACCCGACUCAGCAGACCCUAAUGGAGUUGAGGUUCCUCAAGUGACCAUUGCACCUCCUACGAAUGACGAAAGCCACGACUCGGACCGAAUUUCCCCAUUGCCCGUUGAAAUCUCCGCCUCAAAGAAGGAAAUCGGAGAUCAGGCAGGCGCACCCAAAACGGAGAAGCGACGGGCAUCUAUAGUAGCACCCUUCAAUUUCAAGCGAAGAUUAUCCGAUCUGAAACUCUCCAUCGUCACGCUGUUUACCGGCGUAGAAUCAAGGCAAACGUAUCUCGGCCCCGAAAAGACCCCCAGAAUCGAAAACCAUCCCGAUCUGUCCGUACGGCCUAUUCACUCGGUCAUCAUGCUCAGGGAAGAACUCGAGUUCUUCCCGAUCCCAAAAUGGGCGGUUCUGAGCAAUCCCGAAGACGAAAAGUUGCACGGGAUGUGGGAAAAUCUCAAACGGAGAGUGAGGCACAGUUUCAGUCGGGCAAGUUCCAAGGGACUGUACCACUCGGAGUCCGCGCCGAUGGUCGGGUCAAGUCAAGGAGUCGAGAUGGCCGAUGUCAAGAACCAUAUCGUGAACGUCGAGGACCAUCUCUCGCACUUCGAUGGAACGCAAGUGAAGCGAGCCUGUGGCGAGCAGCUGAUCAAACAGCGGAACGUCGUCAAGCAGUACGCGGAACACGGUGUGGAUCUGUUUGAGAAGGGCGAACGUGAAAUGUUGGCCGCCGCAGUGCCUGUUGCCGAAGAAGCCGCACCGAGCGAUUCGAGUGAUAGCUCCUCGUCGCCACGGUCAGCAACCAAACUCCCCAAACGCGAACGUGUCGUGUGCGAAAUGGAGGAGCAGAUCAUGAAACGGCAGCUGGUCGCCGCCCUGCAGCUAUUCUCUGACGACCUCAAGCAUGACGGUACCAACUGGGAUUUCCGAGAACUUGAGCUGGGCAAAUGCAAAUUGUCCAGCGUCUCCAUGCUCAAGAUGCGUGAGAUGGAGGAAAUUCAAGCUGACAUUCAAGCCGAUGUCAAUUUGGCUUCUGAAAGCGCCAAGAACUCGACGACUACCAAUGGCUCAACGGUAGACGGCGAACAACAGAGUGGAGACGCCGCCUCCGGUGCUGCAGCAACGAUUGCAGGCUCGGCAGGAGCAGCUGCUCCAUCCUUGAUCACGCAGGUGUCACAAGCCGAUACCCCCGCAGCGGUACACAACCACCAUCUGAACCAGCACCUACUUCUCAAGCGACCCGUGCGAAAGUGCUGGUGGGAAACCAUGACCAUCCGGAUCGACAGCAACAGUGCCGCCAAGUCUGCCGAAACCGACGCAGCGCACCGUCGGCAAUCCAUGAGCGCCAUGCCUAAAUCAGGCCGCCGCAGCAGCGUGUUCGGAGGCCGCCGAAGUAUAUCCGACGACCCGUCCAGCCGCAGCUCAGUGGCUAACGGCCGGCGACCGAGCUUUGUGGAGAAAGCCGGGCACUGGUUGCGGAAAACCAAAUCGAGCGAUAAUAACCUGCACACGAUCCUCGGCACUGAGUUCGUUGAUAGCAUGUCCGAUGAUCCCAUUGCGGGUGCCUCAUCGUCAUCUGGGUCGGGAACCAGCCCCGUCGAACCACCCUCCAUCACCAUACCCCCCGCUUCCGAGGUCGGAUCCGGCUCAGAGGUCAUCCAACCACCCGUAGCCGUCCCCGCAAACACUGCGGUCCCACUAACAAUCGACACCACCAAACCCCUCACCCACGGCGACGACACAAACCCCGCCCCACCUCCCGCCGCCGGCUCCACCCCCUCCCCCGCCGCGAAAUCCCGAACAUCCACCUCCUCAUCCUCAUCCCGCUCCUCCCUCCCGCCGCGCUCACCGCAACGCGCCGGCCCGCCAGAACACCCGCUCCCGCCGCGUCCGUCGCAGCUGGAUAUUUUUGACUCGGGGCAUUUGUUGGGUGGGAAGCCGGUUUCGGUGGAGAGGGAAGAGGGGUGUGAGGGAAGGCGGGAGAUUCUGCUUUGCGUUUGCGUUGGGGGCUUUAGAGGGGGUGGGGAUGAGGCGAGGAACGGGGACGUGGUGGAUGUGGGGUGUGGGGUGUGGGAUGUGUGA